UGCACUACUUUAAAAAUAACCACUUCCUUCCUCUAUCGAGUGAGGCUAAUGCAAUAACCCACAAAUUGUUCAGUUUCAAUUCAACUUUGAGAGACCAAGAUGAUGCCAGUAAUCCUAACUCUACUUUUCUGCAAUCUCCUUGGUCAGCAGAACACAGUCCUUGAAGUAGGCAGCACCAACCUGCGUGUGGCGAGUGGAGACAGCUGUUCAGGGAGAGUGGAGCUCUAUCACCGGGGGGAAUGGGGCACUGUGUGUGGGGACGGCUGGGACUUGAACGAUGCUAAAGCUGUCUGCAGAUUUCUGGACUGCGGCUUUGCUAAAUCUGUUGAAAAAAGCAGCUCCCGGUUUGGGAAAGGGACCGGGACAGUCUGGCUUAGCAGAGUGAACUGCACUGGGAAUGAAAAAUCACUCGCGCAAUGCCCCAAAUCAGAGUUCGGGAAAACACCCGACUGCGAUCACGAGAAAGAUGCUGGCGUGGAAUGUGCCGGAAAAUCUGGCAUCACAAACCUCAGGCUGGUGAAUGGAAGCACCUCUUGUUCUGGGAGAGUUGAAGUUCUUCAUAAUAACCAGUGGAGGACUCUAUGCGAUGAGGGCUGGGACCUGAAUGAUGCUAAGGUUGUCUGUCAAUCGCUGGGCUGUGGUGAGGCUCUGUCUGCUGAAAGGGGGGCGAGAUUUGGCCAGGGGACCGGGCAAAUCUGGCUUAAUGAAGUACAGUGUAAUGGGACAGAAUCCUCAAUUAUGAAUUGCCUGAAAUCAGAAUUUGGAAUAGCACCCAACUGUGAUCAUGGGAAAGAAGCUGGUGUUGUGUGUUCAGCGGUGAGGCUAGUCAAUGGAGAUGGCCGCUGUGCUGGAAGAGUGGAGAUUCAGUACAGAGGAGAGUGGGGCUCUGUGUGUAGUGAUUCCUGGGGAUUAGAGGAUGCUGAUGUGGUCUGCAGAGAGCUGGGGUGUGGGGCUGCAGAGUCAGCCCCUCAUGGAGCUGUGUAUGGGCAGGGGAGAGGACCCAUCUUCCUGGAUGAUGUGGACUGCACUGGGAGGGAGACUGCACUGGUUCAGUGCCCCUCCAGAGGCUGGACGACUCAUAACUGCAGCCACAGGAACGACGCCUCAGUUGUCUGCUCUCUGUCAGUGGUCUCGGCCUCAGUGCUGGUUCCAAUAGUAGCUAGUGGUGUGACGGCAGGGGCACUGGUUAUACUGGGUAUACUGGUGACCGUCUUCAUCGUCAGGAGGAAUAAGAAAAGGAAGAAAGAGGCACAGGAAGUGAAAAACACAAUCUAUAGCACAGGAAAGCCAGCAGAGGAAGUGAAGGAGACGGGUUUUUACAAUGGCAGCCCUGCUUGUGACGAGCAGAUCUAUGCAAACACUAUGUAUCAAGAAUCUGAGCAAGAAGACUGCAUUUAUCAAAACUACCGCUACUGAAGUAACUUCAGCGGAGGAUUUGGGGGACUGAUUUUUGUACCUUUUCACCAAUAUUUUCCUACUAUUUCUUUUUUUACCUUUAGCGAACACAAAACUGGGCUUAGCUGAGUGGGGGAUGGAGGGGGGUGAUGCUGAUAUGCCACAAUCACUAUCGAGCCCUCUUAAGGUGUCGUGAGCUAGUCGAUGAAACACCAAGGAUGGAAGGUGCCCACCACAGAUGUACCCUACUUAGCUCCAGACGGUUGUCAUGCUGAUGCGCUGGGGAGGCCGCACUGUGGUUGAUCCCUGGAGCCAGCAUCGCAGCCGUUGUGUGUGCUCAUGCGCUAGGGAGGCAAUAAGCUGAUCCCUGGAGCCAGCAUGACACUUCAGCCAUCAACACCAGACAGAAGGAUAUCUACAUCAUCAUACGGAAGGAAAUGAAGAUGGAUCACAUUAGUUUACAGUUAAAUAAGCUGCAUCUUAGUUGCUGCUUAUCGUGGCGAGAGUCCAGUAUCAGCAUGAGGUUUUAACACCUACUCUCAAGUAUUGGAAAUCAUAUAUCAUAUCAUAGAUGCAUAAGAACAUAAGAAAGUUGACAAACAAAAGGAGGCAAUUUGGCCCAUCUUGCUCGUUUGGUUGUUAGUAGCUUAUUGAUCCCAGAAUCUCAUCAAGCAGCUCCUUGAAGGAUCCCAGGGAGUCAUUUUCAACAACUAUACAUCUGUGAAACCUGGGGAUAUAUAUCGGUUGUCUCCACACUAAUUGCAUGUCUGUCCAAGGUGGAAAGCUGGAUGUCCCAACAUUUUUUUGCAGUUAAAUUCAGGUAAGACUGGAGUCUUGAUGUUAGGUUCUCAGCAGAAAUUGGAGUUGGUAAUUCUAUAAAAACAAAUUUAGGUAAAUAUAAUUCAAAUAUAAAUUCCAAGGCCAUUAACCUGGGAUUUGUAAUUAAUUCUGAGUUAUGUUUUGAGAAUCAUAUCUGCAAUACCACUAAAGUGUCCUUCUAUCAUUUACGUAACAUUGCCAAGAUUAGGUAUUUUUUUUAUCAUUGCCUGAUGCUGAGAAGCUAAUUCAUGCAUUUGUUUCAUCUAGACUGGAUUACUGCAAUGCUCUGUUAUCUGGGCUACCAAAUCAUGUCUUAUUCCAUUUGCAACUUGUUCAAAAUGCAGCUGCCUGGGUGCUAAGUAGAACAAAGAAAAGACAGCCCAUAACUCCAGUGUUGGCUGCACUUCACUGGCUUCCAGUACGUUUUAGAAUAGAUUUUAAGGUCUUGCUGCUGACUUGCAAGGAGCUCCAUGGUCUGGCUCCUGACUAUCUGAAAGAGCUCCUGUGCCCACAUGCACCUGUCCGUGCUGUAAGGUCAGCUGACUUCGGUCUUUUGCUUGUUCCAAAGAUUAAGACCAAGAGAGAGGAUGAAAGAGCUUUUAGCAAUAAUACGCCAAGACUGUGGAAUAGAUUGCCAUCCGACAUCAGAGAAGCAGAGUCACUUAAUGUUUUUAAGUCAAGGUUAAAAACUCAUUUUUUAGACUAGCUUUUGAAUCCUGAUUUUAUGUAUCAAUCUAUUAUUAUUUUAAACUUGUUCACUGCAUUUGUGUUUUUUAAAUGGAGUUGUUGCUUACUUUUAAUUUAUAUUAUCAAUUUUGCUGUUAAAAUUGUGUUUAAUUCUGUAUUUUGUUGUUGUUUUUUAUUGUAUUUUAAACUUUAAACUUUUACUAGUAUGUAUAAGUAAAGGCAGAAAUGUUUUCUUGUAAAGAUUAAAUAUUAAUUAUAUAGUAGCUACUGGAAAUCUCUUGUUUUGGCUUAAAUAAAAGAAAAAAUGCUUCUCUAAAGACUCCUCAAUAAAACUCUGCUUUCUCUCCA